AUGGCAAUCAAAAUACAUGUAUGCUUACUAUCUUUAUUCUUAUUCUUGAGUUUUGUAGCCGAAGCUAAUGUCAAUGUUUUCAAUGUAAGAAAAUAUGGUGCCAAAGCUGAUGGCAAAUCUGAUAUCAGUAAGGCUUUGUUAAGUGCUUGGAAAGAUGCAUGUGGAACAAUGGGGUCAAACAAAAUUGUAAUUCCUAAAGGGGUAUAUUUCCUAAGUGAGGCAGAUAUAAAAGGUCCUUGUAAAGGUGCCAUAAGGUUUCAAGUUCGAGGAACGAUAAAGGCACCAAUUGACCCUAGUGCACAUAGUAAACCAGACAGUUGGAUUACCUUUUCAUAUAUUGAUCAAUUCAUAUUAAACGGUGGAGGGACUUUUGAUGGGCAAGGAGAGAUUGCUUGGAAAAAUAAUAAUUGUGCCCAAAAUCUUAAAUGCAAUUCACUUCCAAUUAGUUUAAGGUUCAAUUUUAUCACCAAUAGCAUUGUCCAAGAUAUAGCUUCUAUCCAGAGCAAGAAUUUUCACGUAAAUAUUUUAGGAUGCAAGAACCUCACCUUUCAAAACUUUACAAUUACUGCACCUGCAACUAGUGCCAACACAGAUGGUAUUCAUAUCGGACGAUCAAAUGGGAUCAACAUUACUAAUUCAAAUAUUAGCACUGGUGAUGACUGUAUCUCCCUCGGCGAUGGUAGCCAACAGAUACGUGUCACUAAUGUUAGAUGCGGACCUGGACAUGGAAUUAGUGUGGGGAGCUUAGGAAAGUUUAAGAAUGAAGAACCAGUAUCUGGAUUUUUUGUAAAGAAUUGCACCAUCUCCAAUACUACUAAUGGAGUGAGAAUAAAGACUUGGCCUGCAUCAUAUGGUGGCAUUGUAUAUGAUAUGCAUUUUGAAGAUAUUAAAAUGGAAAAUGUGUGGAACCCUAUCAUUAUAGAUCAAUUGUAUUGUCCAUGGAAUCAGUGCAACCCAAAGAUUCCAUCAAAAGUUAAGAUUAGCAAUAUCAGCUUCAAGAAUAUUAAGGGCUCUUCAGCAACUGUUGUAGCUGUUGAACUUAAUUGCAGCAGCAGCGUCCCAUGUGAGAAGGUGGAGCUAGCCGAUAUUAAUUUAACAUAUAAUGGAAUUGAAGGACCUCCAAAAUCUAAGUGUGCAAAUGUCAAACCUAAACUUACGGGAAAAAUAUUUCCAUCUGGAUGUUAAAACAUUUAGCAUUUAAUAUCUUUUCCUUUUUUAAUUUCUUUAUGAAUCACAAUGUUGAAAUGAAAUCUAGAAAAUAUGUAUUAUUGUAAUAUAUAAGUUAUGCUUGGCUUUAUUUAUGUAGGCUUCAUGAAAAGUUAAUUUCCUUAUGUAUAAAUGAAUA